CAUGUGUAUAUGUCCCGCCCCCUACGGUGUGCUGCAGCCAUGGCGGAUGAGAUCAGCAAAGCACAGAGCGCCCAGCCCGGGGGAGACACGAUCUUCGGGAAGAUCAUCCGCAAAGAGAUUCCAGCCAAAGUCUUCUAUGAGGAUGAGCAAUGUAUCGCCUUCCAUGAUAUCUCUCCGCAAGCUCCAGUACAUUUCCUAGUGGUGCCUAAGAAGGCUAUUAGCCGUUUAUCUGAAGCGGAUCCUGCUGAUGAAGCUCUACUAGGACAUCUGAUGAUUGUUGGCAAGAAAUGUGCUGCCGAUCUGGGCUUGGAAAAAGGUUUUCGGCUGGUCGUCAAUGAGGGACCAGAUGGUGGUCAGUCUGUGUACCACGUUCACCUGCAUGUUCUUGGCGGACGUCAGCUGGGCUGGCCUCCAGGCUAAUGGGCCGCAAUGCACAUGAUAAAAACAAAGCAAUCUCAAUCUGUCCUGUCAGAAAUGCAGUCUAAUGUCCACCUUUUGGUACAUAAUUACUUGUUCAGACGAGAAUACUUCUGACCUGCUUAACGUGGAAGUAGAGCAUGGCAAAAUAAAAUGAGUUGAUUACUUCA